AUUGUAAAUUGUAUAGAUUAUUACAUUCCAUUUAACAUGGAAAAGAAUGAAAGAAAAGAAAAAAAGAAGAUUUCAGCGAGAAGUGGUAGACUGCUCAUUCGACCAAAAAAAUUAUGGACUACGUCCUCGGACGAAGGACCUCCGCGAAAGAAGAGAUCCAAAGGCCAAAUAACUGUGCGAAAGGAGUUCGAGAAAUUACGGCAAUCAGGGAAAGACAUGGCCGAUACUAAUGAUGAACUAAGACAACCUCAUGAAUUUUCGGACAAACUAAGUACCCUGAAUAAGUCUGACGACAUGAUCGCAAAAGCUACCAACAAAAAUUCAAAAAAGAAAAAUUGUAAUGAUAAUUACUCUGCAGCAGUAUAUAAUGAGCCUCUAAAGUUGUCUGAAAAUGGCAUAAAAAAGUUUUAUGCAGAUUCUGUUAGCAAGACAUCUGUGUCUGAGAUGGAGAAUGUUACACAUGUACAAACAGAACGAAAUCAGCCAUGUGUCGAUCAUAGUGGCCCUGCAAAGUUUCUUGACUAUACUACAAAAAAAUAUAAUGCAGCUUCUGUUCUUGCAACUCCUGCUAGCACGACAGUGCCUGAUGAUGUUCGGCAUAGUACACCUGUACAAGAAGAACGAAAUGAUGAGCCACGUGUUGCCGAUAGUGACAGUUUCAUAGUAAAUACAGCCCCGAGUAUUGAUACGGAGUUGAAACGAAAAUUGGCGGUAUUAGAAGAGCUAAGUAGAAACUUAAUCAAAGGGCAAACAGACAUACAACAACAAUUAAAAGAAAUAAAGGAAAAACCAUCAGAUGAAUAUAUUGUGAGCAGGUCAUUAUAUCAGUUGCUAGAUGGUUAUCCGCUGAACACUUUGGAACAAUUUAACGAAAUCGAACACGAAUCCAAAAAAUUGGAGCGUCAGAAAUUAUAUCGCCAUUUCAUAGGAUUAGGUGCUGUAAAAAUACGGGAUUUUAUAUACACCGCAAUUAAACAAACUAUGACUGACGAGUUAGUAAACAAGUUUACCUGGCUCGGUGACGAACAUAAUACUAAAGAAUUAGGGAACACCAAAAUGAUGAACAUUAUAUAUUAUGCAGCUAAAAAAUGUUCACAUUUUGAAGGGCCUGUAAAUAAAGAAGCUUUUAAAAUAGAGAUGCUUCAAGUUCUACGCACUAUUAAACAAAGAUUUCGUAGAACAAUAAAAAAAAGAAACAUGGACGAGGUCGAUGAAAAUGACGAAGAUGACAACGAUGAACAUCAAAACACAAAUACUGACGAAGAAUCUGACGAUUAUUCCCAGACCAGCAAGUCUGAAUAUGAUUAAUGAGAACAUUUAAAAAUAGGAUAAUACAUUAAAUGUAUAUUAUAUUAUUAAUAUAUUUUUAAUAAGACGUAAAAUUUAUACUAUAUAAAUACUAACUUUACUAUAAUAUACUUUAAUAUAAACAUUAACUUACUUUUAUACUAAAAUAAAUACUAUUAUUAUAUAUAUUAAGUAUCUGAGAUUUGUACUUUGUAGAGAAAUAUAUAUUUUUUAAAUUA